AUGUCCACCUUCUUGCAUGAGCGAUACGGGUAUCGCCGCGAGGAUAUGGUCAUUUUGACGGACGAUCAACAAAAUCCCAUGAGUAUACCUACCAAGGCCAACAUCCUGCGUGCCAUGCAUUGGCUCGUCCGAGAUGCUCAGCCACACGAUUCUCUCUUCAUCCACUUCUCGGGUCAUGGUGGUCGGACGCCCGACUUGGACGGGGACGAGGAUGAUGGCUUUGACGAUGUCAUCUACCCCGUCGACUAUCAGAGUGCCGGCCACAUUGUUGACGACGACAUGCAUGCCAUCAUGGUCCGACCGCUCCGUCCCGGUGUACGCCUCACGGCCAUCUUUGACUCCUGUCACUCCGGAACCGCGCUCGACCUCCCCUACGUAUACUCCACCCAGGGAAUCUUGAAAGAGCCGAAUCUGGCCAAGGAGGCCGCGCAAGAUCUGUUCAGUGCCUUCACGGCGUACGGACAGGGAGAUUUUUCCAGUAUGGCCAGUACCGCGAUUGGCUUUCUCAAAAAAGCGGCCAACGGCGGUCAGGCGCGAGAGCGCACGUUGAAAACCAAGACUUCGCCGGCCGAUGUGGUGAUGUUUUCCGGUUCCAAGGAUACUCAGACCUCAGCCGACACUUUCCAAGACGGGCAAGCAAAGGGUGCCUUGAGCUGGGCCUUUAUCAAAACUUUGACCCAAUGGCCUCAUCUCAGCUACUUGCAGCUGCUGAAUAACAUCCGGGCGGAAUUGGAUGGCAAGUACACUCAGAAACCCCAACUUAGCUGCAGUCAUCCCCUGGAUGUCCAUCUGCGUUUUGUGAUGUGA